UAGUACCCUGUGGUACAAGCGCAACGCCUUGUGAUCCCAAUAAUCCGUCUGAUCUCUCUUCGUUCCUCAUAGCGGCUGCAACAAUGGCUCAACCGCCGUCUUUCAGCUCCAACAAUCCCUUUCGUCGCAAAGCUUCGGUUCCUUCCGCGACCGCCGGCCCACCCGGCGUGCCACCAUUUGACAGAGUCGGCAGUCCGACCUUUGAAACAACGCCAGCUCUGCCGCCAGCCGAUAGGUUUCGAAAGCAGCUACAAGCACUUGCGCACCCGAACGAACCGCCGCCCGCCGUAGACUUCCAAAAGCCGAAGGUCGUCAAGAAAGUUCGCGUGCAAUCGCCUCCACCGUCGUCGCCCGAUUCUUCCGGUUUACCUGAUCGUUCUCCGCUGGCCGAUCAAGAUGAUAGCGAGAGCGAUAGCAGCGACGAUAUCGACGAACAAGUUGACCCGUUCACCUAUGCCUCAUCAAGCGGCUCGACCGAUGCUUCGGAUAGAGGAGACGAGCAUCAGCCGACGCCGUCAACCCGGCCGGCGCCGAAUCCGUUUCAAAAGACCCUGCGAGAUUUAGACUACGGCGUCACAGAGAAGACACCGCACCCUGACGUGGCAAGGGGACCAAAGGCAACGUUGGACGUUGGUGCAUUCGGACGGCUGUUGUUGACAGGACAGAUUGACGCUUCAGGCUCAUCGGCGCCAUAUACUCAACAUGCUAGGCAUCCGCCGUCGCCGAGCGGCGAUGGCGGAAGUACGCCCGACACCUCUUCCGCCUCUCGGCAAUCCAUAACCGAGACGUUACAGGCUGUGCAAGACACGCCCAGGACAUCUCGGGAGACUUCUGAACAAGAAGCGGAGGACGAACACCGCAGGCUAAUCAACAGCAAUCCGCCAGUGUCACGACCCGCUCCAUUCACGCUCAAGAAAAAGCCGCCGCCGCCCAGCUCGCGGCACGGGAAACUGAUCAAUCCCGGGCAAGGAGGCGAAGGCGGGUCCAAGCAGCCCCUGUCAAAUCCGGCACAGAGGGCGGCUAGCGUCCCCGGCACCUCCCCGUCAAGACAGCGCCCGGCUACUCCAUCAGACGUUAACAAGCCGCUGCCGCCAGCUCCGCAUAGGUCGCCAGCAGAGGAGGACGCCGAGAGUGUAUUCGACCGCGAAGCCGCAGGCAAGGUACCCGAACCGGAGACAGCGUCUGGACUUAACAUUAUUAUGCCUCCAAGGCCACCGACACCGCCAAACGCGUCGAAUGCCACCCCCAGCGCUCCUUCUGCAACAUCGCAGCAGCAAGCGCCGAAGAGGCCAACCCCUCCCCCAAGGCGGCAACCGCACGGUCGCUCAGAGAGCAGGAUUACUUCUAGUCCAGGAUCGCAGCAGGAUGACAGAGACACCUCGUUAGGACGGUCCUCACUCGACUCGACAAGGUCCCGCUCCUCUAGCGUGCGUGCUAACAUUCACGCCCCGGCGCCACCCCCUCCGCCGCGCCGGCCGAGUCAUCAAUCACGCGCUUCAAGUUCGUUUUUGGUGCCGCCGACCUCGCUGGACCCAUGCCUUGCGCAUGAACCUUUAACCAUACCAAGCCCUCCUUCAAUAAGUCCAGCUCCUCCUCUGAUGAGCGAUCCGUCCAGCAGUAGCAUCAGCGUCAGGGAGGCUCGAGCAGAGGCUGUGGACCAUCCACAAGGAGCAGUGAAGACCUUGCCUCCGCCACCCCCCCCUGCCCGGAAUGCCUCUAUCCGCGCGAAGCGGCCCGUCAGUGUUAGCAUGCCUUCCUCGGAUGCCGGUCUAUCUAGGAGGUCAAGUCGCGGAAAGGAGGGGCCCACGCCGCCUCCGCCCCCCAGACAUAGGGGAAGCAGUCGGGCGAGUCUGGAGGGCGGCGCUGCUGCUGGUGUAGCGGCGCCGGAGACGGGAUCCAUGCAGAAUGCCGCGGCUGUGGCCGGCAACGGGUUUUUGGACAGCGGGGGGACGGCGACGGCGGCGUCAGCGACGGUGGAUAUUCUCGCUGAUCUGACUGCGUUGCAGAGAGAGGUAGAUGCGCUGAGGGGGCAGUAUGAGAAGGCUGGAGCUGCGGAGCCGGCUGGGCCGGCGGAGGGUGGGUGAGGGAAGAAUCAUGAGGGCGGACAGGCAAACUAAGGGUAAGAGCCGGUGGGUCACUGGGUUCUGCUACGGUGGAGAAGGGAAAAGGCUCGAAAGAUGGAGGAACCCUCAAAACUGUCGUCGGAUUGGCGCCGAGACAGAUUGCGUCUCCAAGCGACUGUAUGCU